AUGCAUAAGUCAUCCGAAACGGAAAUAUCCAAAAGCAAUUUAAACCUUUUCGGAUCGCUCUACGCCACAUAUGAAAAAGAAAAGAACAACGAUGAGACAAUUGCAUGCGAGCAACCCGUGAUAGAGGAAAACUUCGCCAACGUGGAAAAAAAUUCCAAUCAGAAUGCCAGUAAUAGUAUGAGCAUCAGCACCAACAUACCUAGCAGCAACAUAAUUAGCAACAACAUAAUUAGCAACAACAUAAAUAGCAACGACGCAAUUAGCAACGACGCAAUUAACAAGGACAUUCAUAGUAGAAACGGAAACCAAGUGGAGAGCGAACAUGAUCUGCUGAUGGAGAGUGAACAGAACUACGACACAAGUGAAAAUCCAUACAAAUCGGCCAAAUUGUUUUACGAUAAUAGUAUUCCAUUUGAAACGGAUACAUUGAGGCACGAGAAUUUAUUGGAGAAGAAUUAUUUCGCUAUCGCACAUGCAUCCAUUUUCCCCACGGAAGGUCUUCAAGGCGCCUCCCAAAAAAAUAGCCCCAUGAGUGCCAAGAAUGCGAAAAGUCGGAGGAACAAGAAAACUAAUAAUAACUUGUACAAGAAAAAUUACUACCUAGACAAUAACAGCUACAUGAAUAGCCAGGGUGAAAUUUCGAAAUUUUUGGAGCCCCUUCAAAAUGUGGAUGGAAGUAAUGAUUACGACAACUUUGACAUAUUUGGCAUUAACAAACCGAGGUCCAGUCAGGGUAACACUUCUGCCGGCGCCGCGCGGAGAACGGAGAAAAGUGUCUCCGCCAAGGAGGAAGAUAAGGCGACAUGGGGAUUGGCACCAUCAACCGCGGAGGAUGCGCAACACCAUCAGGCAAAAGAAGAUGAUAAAGUGACUGGCAGUACGAAGGGGCAAGUGGAAGUUCUGCGAAGAAGCAAAGCACGUAAUGAAGAAUGCGAGGUUGAGUGCAAUACGGGAAGCGAUCCAUGCGCAGGAAGUAGUGGCGAGCAUAGUGGAAAGUACCUGGGUCAUGACCCCUUCCAUCAUCCUAACAUUCAUGUUGGUGAUCAUGUAGCAGAUGCGACGGGGGAUCAAAGUGCCCAGUCAGACGAGGAACACCAAAAGAACCCAACAGAAACACACAUCGGAGAGAAACAUCCAUUUGACGAGAGAAAAUUUAGUUACGAUAAAUUUCGACUGAAGAAUUUUUUCUCAAAAAUAUCAAAAUUCAUAACGAACAACAACGAAGAAGGAGGAGAAGGUGGAGGAGGAAGAAAAUAUGAAUCCACAGAAAUGGGAAAAGACGAUGACCAUCUGACUGCACCCUUUAGUAGAAGAUGUGGAAGUCUCCAUGCCUAUGCAUCUCCAUUCGAACUAAAAGAAUAUUUCGAUAAUAAAGAAAGGAAAAGCCAAACAGAGAAUCUGAGAAAUUCUCUGGAUAUGUUUGACACUUGGGAAACUUUCCCAUCCAGUGAACAAAAAAAAAACUGUGAAAUCACCAACGAAAUUAAUAACAAGUGCAACCAGGGAGAGUCACAUAAGAAUGAUGGGGAGAAAAUGCCGGAGGUGGAAGAUAGAUCAGAGACAAAUGAACUCGUAAAUUUAGACAAUGAGUGUUCAAAGGCACAGAAGGAAAAGAGGAAAGACCGCUGGGAAGGAAAGAGGAACGAUUAUGACAACAUGAAAUGUUACAAUCAUUUGAGAAACACGGAUCAAAAGAAAGAUGACUCGUUUAAUGAUUUAGGGGGAAAUGAAAUGAAUGAGAGGAAAUGGCAUGCUUGCGCAAAGGAGGAGGAUGAAUGGUACGUCGUGAACGUGGAUAAUGAACAUGUGGAGAGCGAAGAGGCGAAGAGUGCUACGAGCAGAAAGGGAUUCCACAGGAAUGAUUAUGAGAAUAUUGGGCACAUGCCUCUUAGCGAUUUGAAAUAUAUUCGAAGCAUAAGUUAUUCAGGUGAACAUGAUGGGUUUGAAUUUUUUCGUAACAAAGGAAAUUUGCACGAGUACUACUCCACUCUUCACAAAGUUCCAAAGAAGGAGACCAGGAAGUCGGGCGCACCGAGCACUGUGUGUCGAAGUGAUGGAAACGACGAUACGGUAAACAACCUAAGGAACGACAACAAGGGAAGUACUAAUUCAAUUAGUGCUAACGGUGGUAGUGGAAACUAUGCCCAUGAGAAAAACGAAAAUGGAGAAGACGAUGGCAGUGGCGGCUGUGGAACUCUCGAUAGUGUCCAAAACAGUUUCGACCACAGCGACAUUUACGUCAGUAAUGAUAGCCUGGAAGGGAAGAGCGCAGAACUAACUAAAAGCAACUCUGACGUAGAAAACUAUUUCUCACAUAAUACUGACGCCAUGGGAGGCGAUACCUGGAUGAACAACAAUUCCUAUCGUCAAUAUUCAAAUAGAAACUACACAUACAAUAAAUCAAAACACAAAAAUACUGUCUAUAGCAGGGUGCGUAGUCAGAGGAAAAAGUUCCUUAAUUAUUCCUUUAUGAAUAGAAGUACUUUCAACAAGGAUUCUAUCAAUUUUCGGAGGAGCGAUAACGACGACGAGGAGGAAAGUAACGCAAAGGUUAGGGAGAGCGUUAAUGUAAAUUCCAAUGUUGACUCCUAUGCCAACUGCAGCGGUGACAUAACCACGUGCUUUAAACCGUUCAGACGUGUAGAUGACACCGACUGCGACCAGAACGAUGGUAAGGGCAGCCUCAGGGGGGAGAUGAACACGACAUGCAAUCCCUACGUUAUGGAACAUGCCUUUAAAAAAGAAAUGUUCAAAAAUCCACAUGAUGGGGUACGGAAUGUUAAUAGCAACUACGAAACUUUUGACAUUGGAAUUUUCGAGGGAAAUAAAAAAAUGCUUAUUUACAGCAAGGAUAACUUAAUACGGAACAAUAUAUCUGAUGGGGAAUGUACCUGUUGUGCUUCUGGUGUGCACGAAGGUGGAGAACACAAGAGUGCCCAGAGCGACGUGGAUGGUGGGCAAGUGGAGGAGCAUGUGUGUGAAGGGUACGACGAGGACAGACACCAUCAUCACGAUCAAGACGACAGUCGUAAUGAUCACUACGAUGGUCAUCGUGAUGAACAUCAUCGUGAUGAACAUCAUCGUGAUGAACAUCAUCGUGAUGAACAUCAUCGUGAUGAACAUCAUCGUGAUGAGCAUCACCGUGAUGAGCAUCACCGUGAUGAAUUGGUCCUCACCACGGACCCGUACGGCUGGCCGAGGCCCGGAAAUUUCGAAGCACCCCGCAGGAAUAAAUAUAACCUUUUCAAGAACUCCAAAGUGUUGGGGUUAAGUCAAGGGAAUUGUGCGCAGAGUUCUUUGCAGGAAAAUUGUUGCCACGAUGAUACCUGUCGGGAAGAUAGCUGCAGAGGGAAUAGUUUGUCGGAUAAAUAUCACAUGUGGUCCAGGGAUCGUGCGGUUAGCGGUAAUGUCUCUGACGGAGGGAAGAGCGUGGAAAGGUAUGUGACGAACGUGCGUAACGAUAAAAGAGUCACCUAUAGUAACCCAUUCAACUUGAAUAACAAUAUUGCUUACAAUCUAUACCACAGAGGAAAUAAGAAUUUUUUCCCUCCUAAUCAGUAUGAUCCUAUUGCCAAGGAGAACCGUGCAAAGCAUGUGAUGAGAAAUUAUUUCGACAUGAAAAUUAAGGAAGGCAGGAUUGAUGAGAAGAAAGGAGCAAUGCCAGCCGAACAGAAAAAGAAAGAUUUUAGGGGCAUGUUUUUUUCACCGCCCAAUAGUAACAUUAUGAAUGGGCAGAAAUAUGCCACCCCAAAUGAUGUAUAUUAUUAUGGCAAUAAAAAGAAAACGGAAGGGGAUAUUUCCAUUACAGAUUUAUAUGAAGAUGUUGAUUAUUAUAACGGGGGAAUAGGAUGUAGUGGAGCAGUUAAUCAGGGAGGAGGCGGGGUGGUUGGCCGAUUAGCAAUCGAUUCUGCUCCUGUAGGAGGAAUAUCAUCAACAAUUAUGAGGGCUUCCUCAUCAUCCGCAGGAAAGGGAACGACUGGCGUAACACCAGGUGGCGCCUUGACUUUCUAUUCUUCCCCCGUAAAUACAGAAGAUUGUUGGGUGAGGAGGCCAAAAAUGAGUGUAAGUAGCAACAAAAUUGAAUUUAUUAGGAAGGUCGAUAUGAAUUAUAAAAGGAGAAUUAUUGACUCCACACCAACUAUGGUAUCAAAUAAAUAUAUGCAGUAUUAUGGUAGCAACAGCGUAGGGGUACCCAGUAACAAUUAUUAUCACGACUCAUUUUCCAAGUGUAAAGGCUUGCAUUAUGAUAAUUCCGCUAGCAACACAAGUUUGAAAAUGCCUUCUAAAACGAAUACCCUAAUGUCAGUCGAUCAAAAUGGCUUUUCAAAUAUACGCACAAAAAUACCAUCAGAAAAAGCACACGCAAAUUUGACGAAUUAUGUUAUAGAUAUCGAAGAAUUACAAGAAAAGAAAUAUCGAAUGUAUGAACAAUUAAAUAUGAACAGUAAAGGCAGAACAAAUGUGAAUGAUUCGGUCGAUCUGGAUGACAUACACCAGAGGAACAACUGCCAUGUGUACAGCCAACGUGCUGCCAGUGGCGCCAAUGGAGCGAACGCUGUAGAUUACGAUUGGAAGAAGAAAAUUUUUUUAAAAAAAAAAAAUGCACUGCUGAAUUUUCACAAUGAUGCCCACGAGGACAGAACAGGGAAUUCAUUCCUCCCAGGUGGAAAGAAGCAGGAGCAAAUGGUCGACUACAUUGAUGUGGAUAAGGUGUACCAAGAUGAUAAGUACAUGAUGAUGCCUUAUGAAAGUGCGAAGCAGAGGCAUAGGGGAACUACGAUGGAGGGGGCUAGCGCAUUUAGAAGUGGUUCUAUGAGUGUGACCCAAAUAGAAAGGAGAAGAGAUGAUAGAAAUCUAAUUCACAUGCGCGAAUACCAAAGAGAGCUCCAGCAACAUCAUCACCAUCAGCAGCAACACCUGCUUCAAAGCAGUAGCAACAACUACAAAUUGAUGUUGGAUAAAUAUAAUAAGAACGUUGUAGUGAAUUCUUCCAUGGGCAUGUCAUCCGUAAACAAUUACCCAACCUCCAGGGAAUACAUCAUGAAGACAAAGGGAGGAGGAUAUCCUAUCGGGGAUUAUCCUCCGAAUGAACAAAUGCUAAGUGGCAGUGGAACAGGCAGAAAGGGAGGAGACGGAGGAAGGACAAACCUUAUUUAUAAUAAGUAUCCAUUUGGUAGGGACUCACACGAUGACGAAUAUGAGAGCGGAAUGGGGGGUACAUCUAGAGCAAGAGGAGGAAGUGGAAGGCGUGAUGGCCACGGAGACGAGAGCGUGUCAGAUGGAUAUUACAUUGAUGAUGAGCAUAGGCGAAAUCAAUAUCGCACAUAUUACAACGAUAACAACAGGAGGGCGAAGUUGAGUAAGCUUUGUCGCGAUCAACGCGCCCUCCUUAAUAGACGCAACAAUGCAACUAUGUCGGGAAAACUUCCACACGCAGGGAUGUUCCACAGAGGGGAAAAGAAAUUAGAGUAUUUGCAAGAAGAUGAAGGAAGCGAUUAUUACAUGUACAACAAAUACAGGUUAAAAAAAAAAAAAAAAAAAAAAAAACACCACCACCUGCAUAGUAGAAAUCGAAGCCAAGAGUACUACACUCAUCACAGAAACACGCACAAUGAAGACACCCUCUGCAAUGAAAACGAAUUGCGAAAAAUAACACAAAUAGAAAAUAUCAUUUCCCGAAAAAUGAAGUUAAGCAAAAUAAAAAGAGAAGGAGGAAAAAACAACCUGUCCAAUCCCGAUGAGGACGAUGAAGAUAGUGAUUUACACAGUAACAUUGAAUUUGAUAGGAUCAAAAUAGAGAAUAUUCUCGACGGAACCAUCAAGCUAGACAAUAACGAUGAAAAUAUAAUCAAUAAUAUACUUGAAUUAGAAAGAAGAAAAUACACCAUCAAUUGUAUUAUGGAUAAAUUGAGGAAGAGAGAAAACGAAUACAAUUAUUUACCUGACAUGGACAGGGAACUUAAACGCAGGAUUAAUUCAAAUGUGUAUGAUUUAUACUCCGACAAAAGCACCUAUAAUCUUUACAACACUAAAAUGUGUGUGAAUUAUUUUCUUGAGGAGAAAAUGCAUUCUCCAGAGAAUAAAGAAUUUAUAAAAAAUUUUUUCGUUGAGAAAUCGACGAAGAAUGUUUACUUCGUGCAGGUGUUUAAAAAGAGGAAAAGGAAAAAAAAGGGAAUCCACACAGGAAAGAACUCUUCAGGGGAGCAGAAGAUUGAUAAAUUGGUUGAACAAGUUGGAAAUGCAGGAAAGGUGGUGAAAGAAGCAUCCAGUAAUAUUGCCCCGCAUGUACAGGUCUUGCCUUCUUACGCUGUUUCAGUAGGUAAGGAUUCCGAGGCGAAAAAUGAGAAAAAGUACGACGUGGAGGAAGGCGUAGAGGGAAAUCUUGUCCAUCAUGUUGACAAGUUUGGCAGAACGGAUGGGGAAAUACCUGACAAAGUGUUCGAUCAAACUGACGGCGAUAUGCCAGGUGAAGUGUCUGUCCAAACCUCGCACUUGGUCGAACCAGGAGAGGAGAAUGGAGAGGCCAGAGAUUCGCCGAAAAGUGAACGAAAGGCGAAUUAUUUUAACUACCAAUUGAAUUUCAUCAAGUGGAAACUUUACGGGGCGGAUAAGGACGAAAAUAAAAAGGAGGACAUACAACAGGAGCAGGAGGAGCUGGGAAAAGAAGCUGCACUGCUAAGUCGAAUGUCAGAUCACCCAUCUAUGGAAAUGUGCGGAAAUGAAAAGAUGGAAAUGACCAAUGAAAGUUUCGAGUUCUGCAUGGAUAAGUUCCUCGGCAGGAAUGAGGAAACGAGGGUAGACAAAAUCGUAUCGGGAGAGAAGGAAACCAACGUGAUGGCCACGGAAGGAGCACGCCAAGAAGCUCUACAUGAGGAAUUUCAUCAACACAUUCUCCAUGCAGGAAAUGAAGAAUCUGGGGAGAAGGAAAAGCAUCCCAUUUCAAGAGCACAAGCCUCCCCAAAAAAAAAUAUACACACAAACGAAGACGAAACGGAGGAUGACUUCGACGAAGGAGAUAACCUAAUUGACCGAAUGAUAGAAAUGAGCAAACACCACAGAGAUGAAGAAGAAAAAAAAAGGGAAACCGAAAAUAGCUUCGACAGCGUAAUAAAUGAAGAGAUGGUAGAAAAUGAGGAAAGCAAAUUUGGAAAUUUCCCUUUGCAGGAACAAUUGUUCAGUGCAAUGAAAAGGACCGGAACGGAGAUCAUCAUGGGGAAUGACGAUGAGGAGGAUUUUGAUGAGUAUGAUGACGACGACAGUGAUGAGGAGGAGGAGGAAGAAGAAGAGGAGUCGGAGGACGAAACAGAUGAUGAGAGGGAGGAAGAAAGGGUAAAAAAAGCAGCAGUGAGUGGAAACGAGAGUAAUAAGGAGAAGAAUAAGGAGGCAAAUCAAGUGAACGUUGUAAAUAACGUUAACGUUGUAAAUAACGUGAAUGUCGUGAAUGACGAGAGGGAUGAGAACGAACCCACGGAGGAGAAGGUCGAAGCGAUCAAGCGAGAAGCGCAGAGUGCGGAGGAAACAGAGAUUAGCGAAGCGGACGCUACCCAAAGGGGAAAAAAUACGUGCGAUGGCAAAGGAGCAGAAGAGCAGAAAAUAAAAUUCAUGAAAGGAUGCAAUGGGGUGAAAGAAGGGGAAGAAGCUACAUCCCAAAGGAAGGAAGUAAUAAAUUUGCAGAGUGGAGAGAAGACGACUCCCCAUUGUUCAGAUGAUUAUAAUAAGACGAAAGCAGUUAGGGUUAAUAAAGGAGAGAAAGAAAAUAUUAAAGAUGAAAAGAUUGAAAUAAAUGAAGAGGAACCUAACCAGGACAAGUCCUACUCCGACAUUACAUUCAUAGCAAUGAAUAAAAAGGAGGAAGAAGAGGAAUUCGAAGAGGUCAUCGAAAAAAGAAGCUGCACCAUGUACAGAAACAAACACAAAAACAAAAGUAAGAACAAUAAAAAUAACAUUGAAAAAUACUCUCCCUAUGAGCGUCGGCAUAACUUGAAAAAAGAACACGAAAAUUAUGCACAGGAUAGCAAUCAUGGAAUGAUAAAUGGAAUUAACGCCAAGGAGGAAGAACGCGGAAUAAAUGAAUUAUACAGUCAUCUGAAAAACGACAAGAAGAAGGAAGAAGAAGAAGAGGAUGAGGAUGAGGACGAUGGAGUAGAAGAAUCAGCCGAAUAUAAACAAUUUAAAAAACAAAUCGAAAUAAUGGAUAGGAGCAUGAACAAAAAAGAAAAGGAGGAUAAGAAAGAUGAAGAGGAAAAAGAGCAAAGGGAUUAUGACAAUUUGUGCAUACAGAAAAAACAAUUAAUGAAAGGUACAAUAAGUCGAAUGAACUCAAACAACUCAUUUAGCAACACGAAUGGGAAGAACUUCUUCAUUAAAGAUAUGCUGCCUGAAAAUAAUCAGUACUUACAUGAGUACUGCGAUAUUGAAGACAGUAUAAAGUAUAAAAUGUUGGAUGUAGAUAAGAAGAACGAAAUUGAGAAAAUAAAAAAAAAAAUAAAAAAAAAUAAAAAGCUAACCAAGGAAGAUUUUAAAUUAUUGUCCGAAUUGCUACAUCAUAAAUUUGUGCUUAACGAAAUUAAGACCGUAGGAAAUUACGAAGUGAAUUAUCAGAACUGUUUCGACAUAGUCGAGAUGGAGGAAUAUAAACUGAAGAAGGAUGUACUAAAGAUGAAUUGCGAAUGUCUAUCCAUAGGACUAACCACCCAUGAAAAGGAAUUUCUAAACGAGUUCAAGCUGCUCAUGCCCGACGUAAACAUUAUGGACGACAUGAACAUUCUGUAUAUUUUAAGACACUCCAGGAAUGAGAAGAAUUGCGUAUUCAAGUGUUUAUUGGGCGAGAAAGGGAACUCGUAA